UCAGCUCAGCCGCCCCAGUGAAGCCAGUGAGACAGGCAGGUUUGAGUUUCUUCUUCUUUUCGCAGAUUUGUGUCUCUGUAAACUAUCACAAUGCCGAUGCUUUGUGGAGGAAUCGGCGAGGCCGUUGCGGCUGACGCUGAAAUUCAGCAGCUCUGUGACACAGUAAGGGCCGAUGCAGAGACAAAAGCAGGGAAGACUUUCGAUGCUUUCACAGCCAAGAGCUACGCGAAGCAGAUUGUGGCCGGGACGAACUACUUCGUUAAGGUCCAUGUGGGAGGAGACGAACACGUCCACCUCCGUAUAUACAAAACACUUCCACAUGCAGGAGAAGAAGUUUCACUGAGUAGUAUGCAGCAUAACAAAACCCAUGCUGACCCAGUUGCUUACUUCUAAUGGAGAUCUAAAACCAAACCAAACACAGCAAAGCACCAGUGCCUGAAGGAUGCAGUCUUGCGAUACCCAGUUAUUAUCAGAUUGCCCUGACUCAGUGUAACAAUGUUAUCUUUCCUAACAUGUAAUAACAAACUGUUUUCGUACCGUAAAUCAUGAUGUUUAGAGUCUGGCAAAUUGGAACUAUUUUGAAAAAGAUUAAUAAAUACAUCUGAAAUGUUG